GUGCCAUGGGCCCGGUUCACGCACGCUGAGGGGACGCGUGGCAGGGCAUGGCCGGCGCUCGGGCCGCCGCCGCCGCUUCGGCAGGGUCCUCGGCUGCCGCAGGCCAUCCGCCGCCGCAGGAGCCGGGGCUGGGGGAACUGCUGGAGGAGUUCUCCCGGACUCAGUACCGGGCCAAGGACGGCAGCGGGACGAGCGGCUCUAAGGUUGAGCGCAUUGAGAAGAGAUGUCUGGAGCUGUUUGGGCGUGACUACUGCUUCAGUGUGAUUCCAAAUGUAAAUGGAGAUAUCUGUGGCCACUACCCCCGGCACAUUGUGUUCCUGGAGUAUGAGAGUUCUGAAAAGGAAAAAGACACGUUCCAGAGCACAGUGCAGGUGGGCAAGCUGCAAGACCUCAUUAACCGCAGCAAGAUGGCCAGGUGCAGAGGACGGUUUGUCUGCCCAGUGAUCCUCUUCAAAGGAAAGCACAUUUGCAGGUCAGCCACACUGGCUGGAUGGGGGGAACUAUAUGGACGCUCUGGAUACAACUAUUUUUUCUCAGGGGGAGCAGAUGAUGCCUGGGCAGAUGUGGAGGAUGUCACAGAGGAGGACUGUGCUCUCCGAAGUGGUGACACACACCUUUUUGAUAAGGUCAGAGGCUAUGACAUCAGGCUGCUUCGUUACCUGUCAGUCAAGUACAUCUGUGACCUGAUGGUAGAGAACAAGAAGGUGAAGUUUGGCAUGAAUGUAACCUCCUCCGAGAAAGUGGACAAAGCUCAGCGUUAUGCCGACUUCACUCUCCUCUCCAUCCCGUAUCCAGGCUGUGAAUUUUUCAAAGAAUAUAAGGACCGAGAUUACAUGGCUGAAGGGCUCAUAUUUAACUGGAAACAGGACUAUGUCGAUGCCCCAUUGAGCAUCCCCGACUUCCUGACUCACGCUCUGAACAUUGACUGGUGCCAGUAUCAGAGUUGGGACCUGGUGCAACAAACCCAAAACUACCUGAAAUUGCUGCUUUCCAUAGUUAACAGUGAUGAUGACAGCGGGCUGCUGGUACACUGUAUCUCAGGCUGGGACCGGACCCCCCUCUUCAUCUCUCUUCUACGCCUUUCCCUAUGGGCUGAUGGACUCAUACACACGUCCCUGAAGCCUGCUGAGAUCCUCUACCUGACUGUGGCCUAUGACUGGUUCCUCUUUGGGCACAUGCUGGUAGAUCGGCUCAGCAAAGGAGAGGAGAUUUUCUUCUUCUGCUUCAAUUUUUUGAAGCAUAUCACCUCUGAGGAGUUCUCAGCUCUCAAGACACAGAGUUCUUGUUCUAGGAGGAAGAGUUUGCCAGCCCGGGAUGCAGGCUUCACUGUGGAAGAUAUCUGCAUGCUGAGACGAAGAGAUCGUGGCAGCACCACCAGCCUGGGCAGUGACUUCUCUCUGGUCAUGGAGAGCUCCCCUGGAGCUGCAGGAAGCUUCACCUACGAGGCUAUGGAGCUUGUUCCAGCAGGAGCACCAACUCAGGCAGCUUGGAGGAAGAGCCACUCGUCCUCCCCACAGAGUGUGCUCUGGAAUCGGCCACAGCCUUCUGAGGACCGUCUGCCUUCCCACCAUGGACUGGCUGAGGCCAAGUCUUCCAGCUCCUCAUCCUCAAACCAUUCUGACAACUUCUUCAGGAUGGGUAGCAGUCCCCUUGAGGUCCCCAAACCCAGAUCAGUGGACCAUCCCCUGCCCGGAUCCUCUCUCUCCACAGACUUUGGCAGCUGGCAGAUGGUAACAGGCUGUGGCAGUAUUCAGGAGCGGGCUGUCCUGCACACAGACUCCUCUCUCCCUUUCAGCUUCCCGGAUGAGCUCCCUAACCGUUGUCUGCUUGCAGCCCUGAGUGACCGGGAGACAAGGCUACAGGAGGUCCGCUCGGCCUUCUUAGCUGCAUAUAGCAGCACUGUGGGGCUUCGGGCAGCAGCUCCUAGUCCCUCUGGUGCUAUCGGAGGCCUGCUGGAACAAUUUGCCCGUGGUGUUGGGCUUCGAGGCACAAGCACUGGCACCUUGUGAAGCAGCCAGCCCACAACAGUUUCCUGCUCCUCACAGCUGAGCCCUUAGUGGAAUCAAGCCAUGCCUGGCCAAGGGGCAAUUGGAGAGCAAGGGGAAUCUCACACCCCUUCUCCACCAUGCACAUGGCAGCCCCAAGGAUGAGCAGAGCCAACGACUAGGUUUCAGCCUCCCGACUGGUGACCACCACCCUCACUUGUACUGCUUCCCACCCUCUGGUCUUUGCAACUCUUAGAACUGUGUGGGGCUUUCCUGAGGCCUUGUGGAGGCCAUAACACCAGAAGAGACCCCAUUCCCCACUUGGUUCCUGGGGAGGCAGGGUCACCUGCACUGAGAAUGAGGCAUUUGACACUGAUCACAAAAUAAAAUCAAGGUCUUUUUGAACA